CAUCGUCUGCUGCCGCUCCUGGCCCCGCCAUGGGGAAUAUGCCCUCCGCGGUGAAGCACUGCCUCAGCUACCAACAGCUGCUCCGAGAGCAUCUCUGGAUCGGGGACUCGGUGGCAGGGGCGCUCGACCCGGUGCAGGAAUCAUCUCAGCUGUCUGGACUCCCUGAGUAUGUUAAAAUAGUAGAAGUUGGACCAAGAGAUGGAUUACAGAAUGAAAAGGUUAUAGUUCCUACAGAUAUAAAGAUUGAAUUUAUCAAUCGUCUUUCCCAAACUGGCUUGUCUGUAAUAGAAGUGACCAGCUUUGUGUCCUCACGAUGGGUACCACAGAUGGCUGAUCACACUGAAGUGAUGAAAGGCAUUCACCAAUACCCAGGAAUCCGAUAUCCUGUUCUUACUCCUAAUCUUCAAGGUUUUCACCAUGCUGUUGCUGCUGGAGCUAGUGAGAUAUCAGUGUUUGGUGCUGCAUCCGAAUCCUUUAGCAAGAAGAAUAUUAAUUGUACCAUUGAAGAAAGCAUGAACAAGUUUGAGGAGGUCAUUAAGUCUGCAAAGCACCUAGGCAUGCCAGUACGAGGGUAUGUGUCUUGUGCCCUGGGCUGUCCUUAUGAAGGAAACAUCACACCGAAAAAAGUGACAGAAGUGGCUAAGAAGCUGUAUGGCAUGGGCUGUUAUGAGAUCUCUCUGGGAGACACAAUUGGAGUGGGAACUCCAGGAAGCAUGAAAAGAAUGCUGGAAAGUGUCAUGAAAGAAAUCCCGCCAGGUGCUCUUGCUGUUCACUGUCAUGAUACCUAUGGACAAGCCUUAGCAAAUAUCCUCACCGCCCUUCAGAUGGGAAUUAAAGUAGUGGACUCUGCAGUAGCCGGAUUAGGUGGCUGCCCUUAUGCGAAAGGUGCUUCUGGAAAUGUUGCCACUGAAGAUUUGAUAUACAUGCUUAAUGGUCUGGGGCUCAAUACAGGAGUGAACCUUUAUAAGGUGAUGGAAGCUGGAGACUUCAUUUGCAAAGCUGUGAAUAAAACCACAAACUCAAAAGUAGCACAAGCCUCCUUCAGUCCUUGAUUUGAAGAAAUUUGGAACUUAUGGUAAAGAAGAUCCCAUUUCAUCUACGGAUGUUCAUCUGAAAGUCAUUACCUUCAUCUUGUUCUGAAAUGUGAAGUAAUGGGCAAGAAGGCAAAAAACAAAGACUUUUUUAAAAAGCAUAUAGCAAGAUCAAGUCAGAGGAAAGCAAUCGUAGACAUCAAGUAAAUCGUAAGCUGAAGAAAAAUGUAAAGCUUGUAGACAUGCUUU